AUGCAGCCCCUACACGGGUACCACAACCAUGCCAGGGCCUUGCAUGCCGCGACUUUCCUCCUGGUCCUCUUGUUUAUCUUGAUCCAAGUCGUGCGGAGCCGCCAGGAUGGCUAUGAAAUCAUCGAUACCGACCCCCUUGUUCCCCUGGUCAAGCCGGGGGGCAACAAGAUCACCGAGCACGAAACCAACUACCUGCGGGUGUUGGCGGAGGGAAACAACCUUACACAGACGAUCUCGUGGGUCUCGCAUAGAAUCAAGGCGGUGCCAGAGGCCGCUGAGAGGGUUCCCACGACGCACAUCAAGCAAAGGUUUACAGACAACGGGUUUCGGACCCUGCGCUGGGACGACGAUAACUUCGGUCUGGGGAUCGGAGGAGUCGCCAGGGUGCUUCCCGUACCGAAGAGCCCCGGCCCCGCCGGUGUCGAUGCCUCCGGCUUACUGUUCGGGGUCUCCACAUCGUACAGUCGCCUCACGUACGAUGGCGACUCCCUUAUCGGAGACUGGCAGCGAUGGCUCACAGACGGCCGGGGCCCUAAUGGGGCCACUAUCGUCGUGACACUCCACCAAGCCACCAGCCGGCAGGCGUGGGAGAUAUACCAAAAGCUGCAGGAUGCUGGAAUCGAUGCCACAGUGGUACCGCUGGAUACAGACUUGGACAAUGCCUCGAGAUACCUGGACAUGAUGACGAUCCUCCUGGAUGUCAGCGAGGCGCUGGCCGAGCAGGGGCAGCCGAAGCAGUAUCUCGGCCUUGUCGACGACGACAUCUUCUUCCCGACUCCGGAACAGCUCGUCUCGAAACUGUCAAUGUUCGACGCCUCGAGACCCUACUACCUUGGCCUCCCCAGCGAGCGUCCCGACUGGUUCGUCAAGAACGACACGUUGGUCACCCACGGAGGCGGCGCCGUCUUCUUCACGCCGCCAGCCGCGCUCAUCGUCUCUCACCUCCCCUGCCGCCCGCUGGAGGGCUUCACCGGGAACUAUACGCGAUGGGACAGCGUCCUCCACGACUGCGUGGGGAACCACACCGACCUUCCCUUCCAUGUCCUCCCAAGCUUCUACUCGCCCACCGACGCGCUCUACGCCAUGCAGGCCUCGACCUACGACAUGGGCGUCUCGCCGCUGACUCUCCGCCACUACAGGUCCCGCCACGGUUUCAACCCGAGCCGGGCACACCUCGUGACGUCCGUCUGUGGGGAGGCCUGCUUCCUCCAGCGCUUUCACUUCGGCGACAGAUGGGUCCUCGUGAACGGGUACUCCAUCACGCACUACUCCGAUGGCCUCGACGUCGUUCCCAUGGCGGGCGACGCGGAGCUCCUGGGGCCGAUGCAGUACGGCCACGAGGCGGAGAUGCCGCUCGGGGAAGGCAUCGUGCUGAGUGAGGAGGAGAGUGGGAAGGAGGUUGUGACGUGGAAGGGCACAAGGAACGUGUGGAGCUUCUUGGAUGCUGUUGUUGUGAGGGAAAGGGGCGAGGUGUGGCAGGCGUAUGUGAAGAGAAGAGGGACAUCGGGAUUCAUGGAAGGGGAGGUUGAUGACGAGGAUGGCGACGGGGAUCACUUCGACUCCGUCAUUGUGCUGGUGUGGGAAACGUGA